AUGUCGCCAACUUUCAGUUUCUUGGCCCCAGAACAAGUGCCGCGUUUCCUUGAACUUGAGAAAAUAAACAGAGACAAGCUUGAAGAACACUUGCAGUAUCAGGAACAUGAGAAGGAAUGGCUGGACAACGAGGCACGGGAAAGUAAGGCUGCUGUGAGAGGCCUCUACGCCCAGAGACACGAAGCUUCGGACCGAAAGGACGACUUCCUUUCGGACCUACAAUCGGCCACUGCAGAUUACAUCGAAUUCAAGAACGAGAUAGAUGUCGAAGUCACGAAUCUCAACAGAAACAUAGACCAUCUUGAUACAAUGGUCCAACAACGGAAGGAACGCGCUUCCCAGGCCGAGCACGCAUCUGCGAUACUACGAGAGGACAUUGCUAUCAGGAACAAGAUCAAGGAAGGGGAUGCCUACGCAGUAUGGACCCGAGAAGAGAUUGAACACCAUAUCUUUCCUGCUCCUGGAGGCCUGCAAGACUUGUUUUGCCCAAACAAAUACAACAACAAGAAAAUCUUCCGAACUCUGCGUCGCAUUGCACCCGGUUUUGAGAGGAAUCCAGCGUUCAAGACAUACUUGUUGAGCGAACCGUACAAGCGCAACUUCGGUAACAAGAUACCCCUAUCACACAACACAAAUAAGCGCAAGCUUCAAGCCCUCCUGGUUUUUUUGUUGAGAGGGGAAAUAGCGUACAACAGAUUCAUGGUAUACAGUAGAGAUCCAUCCAAUGAUCCAGAUCCCAUUGGAAUCAUGAACUUCAUCAAUAUCCCCCAAGCGCCUCGAUAUCGCCGCCCAGCUCGACGUUUGGCUGGCACUAGAGGAGCUACUAUGGACGGUGCAACUCAGCAUCCCUCUGUUCCAUUUUUGACUGGUGGUCAGAACCAGCCUGCUGCCAAUGCUGGCCCUCCCGGAGCUACUCAUCGCUUCGGUACUUUUGACAGUGCAGCUCGGCAUCCCUCUAUUCCAGCUGUGACUGGUGGUCAGAACCAGCCUGCUGCCAAUGCUGGCCCUCCUGCAACUGCUGGCUUUCCGUCUGCGGAUGACCAAGACAGCAACGAAGAAGGCCAAACUGAUUCUUCCAACAAAAGGACGACGGUUGAAUCCUUCACUACUCUAGCGACAAGUCCUGCUGAUCAGGAGAACAAUCUUGGGCAGGAGAUGACCCCAUCUUUUUCCACUCGUCGUCCUGGACAAGCAAUGCAGACAAACAACGUCACAAAUCCCGAGAGCAGUUCUUUCGAUGGGGGCAGCUUGUCGUCUUUGAAUCAUCAGUCGCGUAUCAAUAGCGGGGGAAGCGGACAUGGUGUUGCUACCACCAAUUGGACUGAGUCGUCCUUUGCUACUACCGGUCAACUUGAAAGACAUAACUGUAACUCACGUGCGGUGCUCAACAUCAAUAGCACCGAAGAAGUCAAAGAGAAAUCCAAGUUGUGUUACCAAACUCCACACGAGAGAAUUCGUGAACUUGAGGAGAGCGCAAGGGUUCAGUCUCAAGAAAUCGCGGUCCAGGUUCAACAAAGCGCGGCUCAGGCUCAACAAAUCGCUCAGUUGAUGGAAGUGAAUGACCAAUUGUCCGUGCGUAUGGACGAUUUGGAGGAUCGGGUUGCAGCAACUCCCAAACCUUCCUGUCGCGAGAGGCGCAAUCCAAAGAAGGGAGUGUCGAAGGUUGCUUCGAAAAGUCACCGUAUGACCUUACGCAGCAACAACCACAACUGA